AUGGUGGAUGCUGCUGGAAGUGCCUCUGGCGUUGUGAGCGCCGCUCUUCCGGUUGCCAAGUUUCUGAGUGCUCCGAUUGGGCGUCAAAUUAAGUAUGUUUACAACUACAAGAGUAACUUGGAGAAACUCGAAAGAGAAGUUUGCAAGCUGAAGGAUGGAAGAGACGAAGUGAAGAUAAGAGUUACUGCUGCUGAAAAAAAUAUGGAAAAGGUCAAGCGCAUAGUGAAGGUUUGGCUGAAGGACGUGAAUUCAACCAUUGAUGAAGCAGACAAGUUAAUUCAACAGAAAAACAACUCGUCUUCCAGUGUUGGCUUGAUCACCCGCUAUAAGCAUGGUAAGAAAGCAUUCAAGUUACUGGAGGAUAAGAUUUCUCAACUCUUGGUGGAGAAAAGGGACUUGGAUGACGUCUCCGUUUCCGCUAUUCCGAUGGGAAGAUCCCUUGCGCCUGACAUAGGUUACCAUCGUUUCAUAUCAAGAGAGCCCACGUUGAAGAAGAUAGUGAAGGCCUUGAAAGGAGGAAACCAUAUGAUUGGGGUUUGCGGGAUGGGCGGCAUCGGCAAGACCACUCUAGUCAAGGAAAUUGGUCGACAAGUCAAGGAGGUGUACAAGCUGUUUGAUGAGGUGGUUUUUGUACAGGUAACUCAGACUGUAGACAGAAAGAAGACCACUCUAGUCAAGGAAAUUGGUCGACAAGUCAAGGAAGCGUACAUGAAGAUUCAGAUGGAACUUGGAGAGCAGCUGCGUCUUCGAUUUAAUAACGAGGCUGAAAUAACAAGCAAGCUGUAUGCUCGAUUGACUAACAACAAGGAGAAGAAUGAGGAGAAGGACGAGGAAGAGAAUGAGGAGAAGGAGGAGAAGAUCCUUAUCAUUUUAGAUGAUAUUUGGGAUCCUCUUGAUUUAAAGAGUAUAGGAAUUCCUGAUGCAGCUGAUAAUGGGAAAUGUAAAUUGUUGUUGACAACAAGAGACAAACAUGUGUUGGAGAGGAUGGAUUCAGCAGUUUUCGAAAUUGGCUUUUUAACUGAAGAGGAGAGUUGGAGGUUAUUUAAGGAUAUGACAGGUGAUUUUAUUGAAACAGAAGAGAUGAGAUCUUUGGCGGAAGAUAUAUGCAAGAAAUGUGGUCGUUUGCCUAUUGCAAUCGCAACAGCAGGGAAAGCAUUAAAGAAGAAGAGACAUCCACCUCAAUGGAAAGCAGCCUUCCUACAACUGACAAGGUCUUCCAGCGCAAACUUCAGAGGAGCCCUAGAGCCAGCAUAUAGUUCAAUUCAGUUGAGUUACGAUUUCUUGAGUAAGGAACAGCAGAACAUUUUUUUGCUUUGUGGUCUAAUGAGGCAUCAAUGUUUCAUUUCAGACUUGGUAAAAUAUGUUUUUGUUUUGGAUAUAUUUCAAGGAAUAUAUAAGAUUGAAGAAGCACGAAUUAAAGUUCAAGCAUUGAUCCAUGAACUUAAAGACUCUUAUUUGUUAUUCCAUGAUCAUAUUAGUAACUCCUUCUCAAUGCAUGAAUUUGUGCGUGAAGUUGCUUUAUCGAUUGCUAGUCGAGAUGCCCAUGUCUUUUCUGUUAAGAAUGAGAUUGAAUGGGAAUGGCCCAGUCAGGAUAGACUAAACAGUUGCAAAUAUAUUUUCAUUCGUGAUAGCACCAUUAGUGAGCCUCGUGAAGGUUUGGAAUGCCCAGAACUUGAAUCUUUCUUUAUGAAUACCAAGGUCGAUGAUUCUCUUACUGAAUUGCCAAAGAGUUUUUUCGCAGGGAUGACAAAGCUCAAAGUUUUAGAUUUGACUAGAAUGAAGUUUUCCUCUUUGCGAUCCACACUUGGGCGCUUAAAAAAUCUUCAAACAUUGUGUCUGGAUUACAGUAGUUUUGACGAUGUAACUGUUAUUGGAGAGCUAAGUGAGUUAAGAAUUCUUAGCUUAAGAGGAUCAAAUGUUAGGCACUUGCCUAGAGAAAUAGAUAAACUGAGGCAAUUAAGAUCGUUAGAUUUGAGUAAUUGUCAGCAACUAAAGAGUGUAGCACCAAAAGUGAUAUCAAGCUUAACCAAAUUGGAAGAAUUGUACAUGAGAGGAUGCUCUAUCCGAUGGGAGGAUAGAAGGAAUGCUAGCCUUGAUGAAUUGAAUCAGUUGUCUCAUCUCACCACUUUAGAACUAGAUGUUAAAGAUGAACGCAUUUUUUCAAGUGGGUUUUUCUCCAAAAAGUUGAGAAGGUACAAUAUAUCUAUAGAAGAAAAGUCUUCCACAUGUUGUACAUCAUGCACAUCUAGGAAAUAUUUGGAAAAUGUUGAAAUUUUUAAUGGAUAUGAGACUUUGAGAACGCUAAAACUGAAGCAUAAUUCUAUCAUUUGGUUAAGGGAAUUGCCAUGCUUCAAGAAUGUUGAAUUCUUAUGCUUAGGCAAAUUGCGAGGUAUCAAGAAUUCUCUUUGUGAAUUAGACAGAGAGGGAUUUUCGCAAUUGAAACAUCUCCAUCUCUAUGAUAAUCCUAAAAUCUCCUGCAUUGCAAACUCCUCAAGUUUCAUGGAUCAUGAAGCCUUCCCCAACUUGGAAUCAUUGAUUCUUUUUAAUUUAAUUGAGUUGGAGAACAUAUGUUCUGAUCAUCCCACAACAAAUACUUUUAGCAACUUAAAGAUCAUAGAUGUGGAAGGAUGUGCUAAAUUGGAAAAAGUCUUCUCAUUUGCCGAUGUUAGAAACCUUCCACAACUUCAAAGAGUCACUAUGGAUGAUUGCGAGAAUUUGAAAGAGGUAUUUGUUGUUGAAAGAGAAGGUGAUGACAACAACAAUAAAGUGAUUGAUGAAGUUAACUUCUGUCAAUUACGCUUCCUGAAGCUCAAAUCUCUUCCACAGCUUACAAGCUUCUGCUCUCAAGUAACGAAACAUGAAACAUUGCAAGAGAGACAGAUGGAUGAGCUUGAUACUCUCACGUCACUUUUCAACAUAAAGGUUGGUUUCCCCCACUUGGAGGCCUUAGAGUUAAGAGAAAUUGAUGUUGAAAAGAUCUGGGAUAGCCAACGUUCAACGCUAUCGUCAUCUUCUUAUAAAAAUUUAACUCGUCUGACUUUGUCAGAUUGCGAAAAACUAAAAUAUGUUUUUCCAUCUUCCUUGGUAAAAAACUUUGAGCAGCUCCAGCACCUUCAGAUUCAUAAAUGUAAAGUUUUAAAGGAGAUUGUAGGGAAAGGCAGUGGAGAAAGAGAAAUUGCCCCCAAGUUUGUCUUUCCGCGGUUAACCUUCCUGAGUCUCAAAUGGCUUCCAGAACUACAAACUUUUUACCCUGGAAGACAUUCUUCUGAGUGGCCAAUCUUAAAGGAGUUGGUGGUGUGUUAUUGUGGCAAAGUAAAGAUAUUCAAUUCACAAAAUAAUGAGAGGCAACUUGGAAGUUUGGAGCCACAAUCCCUCUUCUCCUUCCAACAGAUUAACUGUUAUAUGGAGGAAUUGACUAUAAGCAGAAUGGACAGCAAUAUGAUAUGGCAAGGCCAGUUUCCAUGUGAUCAUUUUUCUGCACUUAAAGUUCUUAAGGUCAGGCAUGAUAAAUCGGAAAUUAUUCCACUAGAAAUCUUUCAGAGAUUUAAGUACUUGGAAUGUCUUGAACUAAUGAAGGGUUCAUAUGAAGAAAUAUUCUCGCAUCAAGAAGUUGAGAAUCAUGACUGGAUGCGGAUAGACAUGAAUCUAAAAGUCCUGAAAGUAUACGGGUGUGAGAAAUUGAUUAAUCUAUCUACUACAUCCUCAGUAUCCUUCCAAAGUCUCACAGUUCUGAAGGUGAAAGACUGUAAUGGAUUGGUAAACUUGAUAACAUCUUCAACAGCCAAAAGCUUGGAGCAAUUAAGAGAAAUGGAUAUAACAGCAUGUGAAACAAUGACAAAAGUAGUAGAAUGUGAGGAAGAUGAUGAUGCAGAAGAUGAAAUAAUUGUUUUCAAGAACUUGAAGUCUCUAUCACUCAAUAAUUUAGAAAGACUCAGGUGCUUCUACUCUGGGAAUUACAUUUUGGAAUUCCCAGUUUUGGAAGAAUUAGAAGUGAAUAAUUGCCCCAUGAUGAAGACGUUUUGUAGAGGAGUAGUAAGAGCACCAAGUAUAAGGAGAGUACAGAUAUCCAAUUAUGAUGAAAGCUGUUGGGGGGGAGAGCUUAAUAAAGCCAUACAGAAACCAUACAAAGAACGAGGGAGAAGGCAACUAAUACUAUUCUUCAUGUUGUGUCUUUUGGCUGUGAUCUUCGUAAAUCUACCUUUCAGGAUGUCCUAUGUUUUACCUGGAUCAAUUGCUAUUGGGUCCAUUCUUGCUUUAACAUUUAGAAGAUCAAGACGCGAAUAUCUUAUAGUUGUUUUUUACGGCAUAUUGUGUAAUUAUUACAUCUCACAGUGGCAUUUACAGGAAUUUCAACAAAAGCUGCUGGCAAUAGGCUUAGUCAUCUACAUCAUUGGUAUAUUCCGUGACAUACUGAGCAAUCCCCGUUCUUGGUGGAAAGGGCUGCGGACUAAGGAGGAAUUAAAGGAAAGCAUCGCUGGAGGGCGGCUAAGGCAAUUCCUUGUGAGGAUUAUUUUGGCUGUGAUCUUCAUCAACCUAUAUUCCAGGUUCCCUUUUGAACUAGAUGCAACCAUUGGCGUUGGGUCCAUUCUUGCUGCUGUAUUUAAAGGAUCAAAAGGUCCAUUAUUUCAAUCAGGUGAAGCUGACUUUUCCUUUCACAUUCUCUAG